CUGCUCUGCUCUUCUUCUUCGUGCAGCUCGACAAGCCCCCCCAAAGCCACCGACUUCCUCUUCCUUUGAAAACCGAAAAAGGGGCUUGAAAUUCUCCUUCUUUCUUGUUCAAUAACAAGAUUUAGGACCUAGAACACUCUCCUAAACCCAGAAAAUCCCAGAUCUGCUCUGUUCUUCCCCUUGUUGUCCGUCGGCCUCUGCUAUCCGUGAUUUCUGGUCUUUUUCUGCCCGUGAGCCCCCUGCAGAAAUGCCGCCGGCUUCUUCUCCCUACCAGCUCCGGUUUGCUUGCUGGAAUUCUGGAAAUGAAACCGAGGAUGGGGAAACCACGAGAAGUGACGAAUUAGAAGGCUAGCCAUUUCGAGAUUGAUAUAAUUUUAGAAAUAAAUCAUGUUUUUUUUGUAAGAUAGAUUUCACCUUGUGAUUUUAAGUUUAAGUCAUGUUGGACAUAGAUUUAUGGAAUAUAUUAUCAUUCUUGGAAGAUAGAUUCUACCUUGAAUUUAUGGUAUUAAAACAGAUGUUGCGAGAAUAGAGUUUGGGAUUUGAA